GUGUGUGCUACAAUUGGAGGAGUCGGGUACGAAACUGUCCUUUUGCGUUUCCUGUGGAGGGACGGUUAACAGUUGAGCUAAAGCUACCCGAACAACACUGUCAAAAAGCAGACAAGUCGAAGAAAGAAAAAAAAGGGGGAUAUUACCGGAGAGUUUAAUAUGUCUGGAAAUAAAGACAGCGACGGCGGGUGGAAGAAUUUUCUGUGGAAUUCAGAGAAGAGGGAGUUUCUAGGACGAACAGGAAUCAGUUGGUUAAAAAUCUUCUUGUUCUACCUGAUAUUCUACGGAUGUUUGGCUGGGAUCUUCAUCGGGACCAUUCAGGCGAUGCUGCUCACGUUAAGCAAGUACAAACCCACCUAUCAGGAUCGAGUCGCUCCCCCAGGUCUGUCACACACCCCACGCUCAGAGAAGUCUGAAAUUUCUUUCACCAUGAGCAAACCAGAUACUUAUAAGAAGUAUGUCGCCACCAUGGUGAAAUUACUUGAACCAUACGAUGUCAACAAUCAGACCGAUGCACAGAAAUUUGAAGAUUGUGGAGAGACUGCUAUGUCAUAUAAGGACCGUGGAAGUGUGGACAGUGAUGCAGGCCAGAGGAAAGCUUGCCGCUUCAGCAGGGCUUGGCUUGAUCCCUGCUCAGGGCAAACUGACGAGACUUUCGGCUUCAAAAAUGGAAAGCCUUGCCUUAUUGUCAAGCUCAACAGGAUUGUCAACUUCAGACCAAGGCCUCCCUCAAGCAAUGCCACACUCCCAGAGACCCUGCAAGCCAAAUCACAGCCCAACGUGAUCCCCGUUUUCUGCAAACAUAAGAGAGAGGAGGACCAAGCCAAGAUCUGGGAUAUUAAGUACUUUGGCUUCGAUGGCGGCUUCCCCCUUCAGUACUACCCAUACUACGGCAAAGUGUUGCAGCCCCAGUACCUGCAGCCUCUGGUGGCCAUCCAGUUUGCCAACAUCAGCCUUAAUGAAGAGGUGCGCAUUGAGUGCAAAGUAUUCGGAGAAAACAUCGGUUACAGCGAGAAAGAUCGCUAUCAAGGACGUUUUGAUGUUAAACUCACCAUCAACUCGUGACCUCAGCCAUGACGAGCACUCUCAUUUUGAAAACAAAUCAAAUGUAGAGAGAAUAAAAGAGUUCAGAUAAAA